UACGUGCGGGGAGGAGGGAAACAUGGGGAUUUCGGUUGAUGGUUUUCGAGGAAGAAAGAAGUCAUCAUCAAGAGGACACCACAGGUUCGUUGGAGUCAGGCAGAGACCUUCCGGAAGGUGGGUGGCAGAGAUUAAGGAUUCCUUGCAGAAGGUUAGGCUUUGGCUUGGAACAUUUGAUACCGCAGAGGAUGCAGCCCGAGCUUAUGAUGAUGCAGCUCGGGCCUUGCGUGGUGAUAACGCCCGCACCAACUUUGAAUUGCCUCUACCAGCUUUAAACUCUGGAGGUGGCCUUGCAGGUGCUGCGGAUAAAAUUGAGCCCUUCUCAUUUGAGGAUGUUUGCGGGUCGGGGAUUGAAGAAGAAGGGAUUCUUGGAGCACUAAAGGCCAAGCUGUUUGAUGGAAAGGGACUGCGUGUUCUUCCACCUGUUAGUUGCUCUUCUGGAAUGCAAUUUGCAGGUAAUGUUAAGAAAGACAUGGCAUCAACUGGUGAAAACGUUCCUCAUGCGAUUGGACUUGGAACUCUGAACCCUAAUCAGGGUUCUUGCAGUGGUAACCCGGCUGGGUUCAGUAAGGCGGAUCUUCUUUCAGAUCACGGUAACAUGGUGACUGGUCAUCUUCCGGCCCAGUGGAAUCAACUCUGCCAAACUUCUGCUCCCACAAACGCUGUGUGGUCUAACGAACCAGCAUAUGAAGUAGCUUCCUGGCCUACACAGAUGAAUCAUAUUCCUGAGAGUGCUGCUGCCUUUGGCUCUGAUGCUGAAACUACCGCUACUACUACUUCCACAUGGCAACUUUCUGUGGCUACUGAACCAACAAUUGAUAUACCAUAUUCCAAUAAUCCAUGCACAGUUGAGUUACAAACAAGCAGGAUUGGUGGAAUGAAUGUGAUGAGCUUGCCUAUUUCUCAAAUUGAUGGAAUAGCAGAUGGUGUCUUGUUGUCCGAGCAACAAUUCGUGCACUGCGAGAACAGCGGCUGGGCUGGGGUUAAUGGCUCUUGGGAUUCUCUCCUUUAUGGGUCCUCAGUGCUAGGACCAGGCUGAUCGCUUACUGUUAUGUUUUUUAAAGUAACUUUUUAUUUUUCUGUAUUGUUCAUGAAAGAACCAGCAACAUUCAAGCUGGCUUUGGCCAA